CCGCGGUCACGCGCAGAUACGCACGGGCGCGCGCAGCAGUAGCGGAGCCGCGCGAUCGGUCAGCAGGACUCUCAGGAAUCAUGCGCGUGGGGAAACUGGCGGUGUGUGUGUUGGUGCUGGCUGUGUGUGAGGCGUAUGUGUUUCAGGCCGGUCAGUUGUCAGGAGAUGUGGAAGAAACUCCUCCACAGAGCAGAGAUUUCUCGGGCUCCUGUAAGGGCCGUUGUUUCGAGCUGAAGGAGGCAGAGCCGCCCAGCUGCAGGUGUGAUAAUCUGUGUAAGACGUACCUGAGCUGCUGCUCCGACUUCGACAAGCAGUGCCUCAAGACAGCGGGAGGGUUCGAGUGUUCGCGGGAGCGCUGCGGUGAGAUCAGGAAUGAGGAUUACGCCUGUCACUGUUCAGACGACUGUCUGCUGAGAGGAGACUGCUGUACCAACUACAGACCACUGUGCAAGGGUGAGAACUCCUGGCUGGAGGGCGACUGUGAGGAGAUUCAGAGCCCAGAAUGCCCUGUAGGGUUUGUCCGUCCUCCUCUCAUCAUCCUGUCUCUAGACGGCUUCCGUGCCUCUUACAUGAGAAAAGGGAAGAGCGUCUUACCCAACAUCCACAAACUGAGAUCGUGUGGAACUCGCGCCCCUCAUAUGAGGCCCAUGUACCCGUCCAAAACAUUCCCGAACCUCUACUCGCUGGCCACGGGUUUGUAUCCCGAAUCUCACGGGAUCGUGUGUAACUCCAUGUAUGAUCCCGUGUUCAAAGCUAAUUUCAGACUGAAAGGACGAGAGAAGCUGAAACACCGCUGGUGGGGCGGGCAGCCCGUUUGGAUCACAGCAGAGAAGCAGGGCGUGAAAGCUGGGACGUUCUUCUGGCCCUGGGUGAUUCCUCUGGAGCGGAGGAUCCUCACUACCCUGCAGUGGCUGCACCUGCCUGAUGACGAGAGGCCGUAUGUCUAUGCUGUCCACUCAGAGCAGCCGGAUACAUAUGGACACAUCCUGGGUCCGCUGAGCAAUGAGCUGGAUAACACUCUCAGGAAGAUCGAUAACAUCAUCGGUCAGCUGAUGAACGGCCUGAAACAGAUGAACCUCCAUCGCUGUGUGAACGUCAUCCUGGUGGGCGAUCAUGGAAUGGAGGAGUCUCAUUGUGAACGAACAGAGUAUUUGAGCUCUUACGGACUGGAUGUUGAUGCUAUCACACUGAUCCCAGGAUCCUCUGGAAGAAUCGGCCCCAAAAACGCCAACUCACCAUAUGAUCCAAAGGAGAUUGUAGCUAAUUUAACAUGUAAGAUGCCCAAUCAGCACUUCAAGCCAUACCUGAAGCAGCACCUGCCCAAACGCCUGCAUUACGCCAACAACAGACGCAUCGAAGACGUGCACUUGCUCAUGGACAGGAAGUGGCAUGUGGCGAUAUCUCCUGCUACCUGCGGCUUCUUUGGAGAUCAUGGCUUUGACAACAAGAUCAGCAGCAUGCAGACGAUCUUUCUGGGAUUUGGACCGGGCUUCAAUUUUAAGACAGAAGUGCCUGUUUUUGAGAACAUCGAGCUGUAUAACGUCAUCUGUGGUGAGAAAAUGCUGCCGGAUUCAUGCAGCAUCUGUAACAACAUUGAAGAAAGUUCCCAGAGGUUUCCUUCCGCUGCCGACGGACUGUUGAACAACGUCACACACCUGGCGUUCGGCCGUCCAGCCGUUCUCUUCCAGACGUCGUACACACAGCUGUGUCACUCAGAUUACUGCAGCGGCUUCAGUAACGUCAUCAACAUGCCGCUGUGGAGCGCCUUCACACUCACAGCACAGGUGGAGGCUCCAACCGUGUCGUCCAGCGAGUGUGUGAGAGCAGACCCUCGUCUCGAUCACACACACACAUGUAACACGUACAACCAGGAGCCCGAUGUCACACACGCGUUCCUCUGCCCGCCGGAUUUCUCUGCUGCGGCUGAAUCCAGAUAUGAAGCUUCACUCAUCACAAACACGGUUCCCAUGUAUCCCGCCUUCAAGAAGGUGUGGAGUUUCCUGCAGAGAGACGUCCUCAGGAGAUACAGUCUGGAGAAUAAUGGCAUAAAUGUGAUCAUGGGACCCAUAUUUGACCACGACCACGACGGGCUGAGAGACACGGAGGAGAUGAUCAAAGAGCACGCGCUGGGCUCCAUCUUCAUCCCCACUCACUUCUACAGCAUCAACACACGCAGAGAGAGCUGCAACAGUCGGGAGGACGAGUCUCGCUGGGUGGAGGAUCUGCUGAAGUUACACACGGCUCGAGUGCGAGACGUGGAGCUGCUCACGGGCCUGGACUUCUACCGCUCCGCCGCGCUGCCGUACACGCGUGUGCUGGCGCUCAAAACACGCAUGCGCACCUUUGAGGACGACGUCUAACACUCACCGCACCCCACGCUUCCACUGUAUGGUUUUAUACACUGUGUCAUAUUUAUUAUUCACCUUCAAACUAAUAAAGAAACCGUCUCACAGCUCACAACCACAGCAGCAAGAGCUCCUCACGUCUAGAGAAGUGUAUUCACACAGUUACAAGAGUCCCACUGAGAAAUGUGCUCACUUCCUUGAAAUAAAGUCAAAUGCA